UGGAAAUCGGAGAUCAGGUGCCAGCAUGGAUGGGUUCUGGUGAGGACUCCCUUCCUGGCUUGCAGACGGCCACCCUCUCACUGUGUCCUCACAUGGCCUUUCCUGGGUGCAUGCAUGUGUGGAGAGAGAGCUCGCUGGUAUCUCUUCUUCCAAGGCCACCAAUCCUAUCAGACAUGAUCCGACCACAAAUAUUAUGGGCAGAAAAGCCAACACAGCAGACUCCGUGGAGAGACUGUCGGUUUCAGGGAGCCCGCACUCCUCCCUCGACACUGCUGCGCCUAGUGUGACUGUGCCCCGAGGACGCGUCUCUGAAAUGAAAGCCAUGCCUUGGAAUUGGACCUGCCUGCUCUCCCACCUCCUGAUGGUGGGGAUGGGCUCCUCCACUCUCCUCCCCCAGCAGCCAGCCCUGCUGCCCCAGAAGCGGUCUUUUGUCACGUUCCGCGGGGAGCCCGCCGAGAGCUUCAACCACCUGGUGGUGGACGAGAGGACAGGGCACAUUUAUGUGGGGGCCGUCAAUCGCAUCUACAAGCUCUCCAGCGACUUGAAGGUCCUGGUGACCCACCAGACCGGGCCGGACGAGGACAACCCCAAGUGCUACCCUCCCCGCAUUGUCCAGACGUGCAACGAGCCCCUGACCACCACCAACAAUGUCAACAAGAUGCUCCUGAUAGACUACAAGGAGAACAGGCUGAUCGCUUGCGGGAGCCUGUACCAAGGCAUCUGCAAGCUCCUGAGGCUGGAGGACCUCUUCAAGCUGGGGGAGCCUUUUCACAAGAAGGAGCAUUACCUGUCGGGGGUCAACGAGAGUGGCUCUGUCUUUGGGGUGAUCGUCUCCUACAACAACCUGGACGACAAGCUCUUCAUUGCCACGGCCGUGGACGGGAAGCCGGAGUAUUUCCCCACCAUCUCCAGCCGGAAACUGACCAAGAACUCAGAGGCGGACGGCAUGUUCGCGUAUGUCUUCCACGAUGAGUUUGUGGCCUCGAUGAUCAAGAUUCCUUCGGACACUUUCACCGUCAUCCCCGACUUUGACAUCUACUACGUCUACGGCUUCAGCAGCGGCAACUUUGUCUACUUCUUGACGCUUCAGCCUGAGAUGGUGUCUCCCCCCGGCUCCACCACAAAGGAGCAGGUUUACACGUCCAAGCUCGUGAGGCUCUGCAAGGAGGACACGGCCUUCAACUCCUACGUGGAGGUGCCCAUCGGCUGUGAGCGUGGCGGGGUGGAGUACCGCCUGCUGCAGGCUGCCUACCUGUCCAAAGCCGGGGCCGUGCUCGCCCGGACCCUCGGGGUCCGCCCAGAGGACGACCUCCUCUUCACCGUCUUCUCCAAAGGCCAGAAGCGGAAAAUGAAAUCCCUGGACGAGUCGGCCCUAUGCGUCUUCAUCCUGAAGCAGAUCAACGGCCGCAUUAAGGAGCGGCUGCAGUCCUGCUAUCGGGGCGAGGGCACGCUGGACCUGGCCUGGCUCAAGGUGAAGGACAUUCCCUGCAGCAGCGCGCUCUUAACCAUUGAAGACAACUUCUGUGGCCUGGAUAUGAAUGCCCCCCUGGGCGUGUCUGAGAUGGUGCGUGGCGUCGCCGUCUUCACAGAGGACAGGGACCGCAUGACUUCCGUCAUCGCAUACGUCUACAAGAAUCAUUCUCUGGCCUUUGUGGGCACCAAAAGUGGCAAGCUGAAGAAGAUCCGGGUAGAUGGGCCCAGGGGCAGUGCCCUCCAGUAUGAGACGGUGCAGGUGGUGGACCCCGGCCCUGUCCUCCGGGACAUGGCCUUCUCCAAGGACCACGAGCAGCUCUACAUCAUGUCGGAAAGGCAGCUCACCAGGGUCCCUGUGGAGUCCUGUGGUCAGUAUCCGAGCUGCGGCGAGUGCCUUGGCUCCGGCGACCCCCACUGUGGCUGGUGUGUGCUCCACAACACGUGCACCCGGAAGGAGCGCUGUGAGCGGUCCAGAGAGCCCCGCAGGUUUGCCUCUGAGAUGAAGCAGUGCGUCCGGCUGACGGUGCAUCCCAGCAACAUCUCCGUCUCUCAGUACAAUGUCCUGCUGGUCCUGGAGACAUACAAUGUCCCAGAGCUGUCAGCUGGUGUCAACUGCACCUUCGAGGACCUGUCAGAGAUGGACGGGCUGGUGGUGGGCAACCAGAUCCAGUGCUACUCCCCAGCAGCCAAGGAGGUGCCCCGGAUCAUUACGGAGAACGGGGACCACCAUGUCGUCCAGCUGCAGCUCAAGUCGAAGGAGACAGGCAUGACCUUUGCCAGCACCAGCUUUGUCUUCUACAACUGCAGCGUCCACAAUUCGUGCCUGUCCUGCGUGGAGAGCCCAUACCGCUGCCACUGGUGUAAAUACCGGCAUGUCUGCACUCAUGACCCCAAGACUUGCUCCUUCCAGGAAGGCCGGGUGAGGCUGCCUGAGGACUGCCCGCAGCUGCUGCGCGUGGACAAGAUCCUGGUGCCUGUGGAGGUGAUCAAGCCCAUCACUCUCAAGGCCAAGAACCUCCCCCAGCCGCAGUCGGGGCAGCGCGGGUACGAGUGCAUCCUCAGCAUCCAGGGCAGCGAGCAGCGGGUGCCCGCCCUGCGCUUCAACAGCUCCAGCGUGCAGUGCCAGAACACCUCUUAUUCCUACGAAGGGAUGGAGAUCAACAACCUGCCGGUGAAGCUGACAGUCGUGUGGAACGGGCACUUCAACAUUGAUAACCCAGCUCAGAAUAAAGUUCACCUCUACAAGUGCGGCGCCAUGCGUGAGAGCUGCGGGCUGUGCCUCAAGGCGGACCCGGACUUCGAAUGCGGCUGGUGCCAGGGCCAGGGCCAGUGUACCCUCCGGCAGCACUGCCCCAUCCACGAGAGCCACUGGCUGGAGCUGUCGGGCACCAACAGCAAGUGCACGAAUCCCCGCAUCACAGAGAUAAUCCCAGUGACAGGCCCCCGGGAAGGGGGCACCAAGGUCACCAUCCGAGGGGAGAACCUGGGCCUGGAAUUCCGGGACAUUGCCUCCCAUGUCAAGGUGGCCGGCGUGGAGUGCAACCCUUUGGUAGAUGGCUACAUCCCUGCGGAACAGAUCGUGUGUGAGAUGGGGGAGGCCAAGCCCAGCCAGCACGCCGGCUUCGUGGAGAUCUGUGUGGCCGUGUGUCGGCCCGAGUUCAUGGCCAGGUCCUCGCAGCUCUAUUACUUCAUGACGCUGACCCUAUCAGACCUGAAGCCCAGCCGGGGGCCCAUGUCCGGAGGCACACAGGUGACCAUCACGGGCACCAACCUGAAUGCAGGCAGCAACGUGGUGGUGACGUUCGGGAAGCAGCCCUGCCUCUUCCACAGGCGCUCUCCGUCCUACAUCGUCUGCAACACCACGUCCUCAGAUGAGGUGCUGGAAAUGAAGGUGACGGUGCAGGUGGACAGGGCCAAGAUCCACCAGGACCUGUUUUUCCAGUACAUGGAGGAUCCUACCAUCGUGCGGAUCGAGCCCGAGUGGAGCAUCUUCAGUGGGAACACACCCAUCGCCGUGAGGGGCACUCACCUGGACCUCAUACAGAACCCCCAGAUCCGUGCCAAGCACGGAGGGAAGGAGCACAUCAAUCUCUGCGAGGUUCUGAACGCUACUGAGAUGACCUGCCAGGCUCCUGCCCUCGCUCUGGGGCCCGACCACCAGUCUGACCUGACAGAGAGGCCCGAGGAGUUUGGCUUCAUCCUGGACAACGUCCAGUCCCUGCUAAUCCUCAACAAGACCAACUUCACCUACUACCCCAAUCCUGUGUUUGAGGCCUUCGGUCCCUCAGGAAUCCUGGAGCUCAAGCCCGGCACACCCAUCAUCCUAAAGGGCAAGAACCUGAUCCCGCCCGUGGCUGGGGGCAAUGUAAAGCUGAACUACACCGUGCUGGUCGGGGAGAAGCCGUGCACCGUCACAGUGUCGGAUGUGCAGCUGCUCUGCGAGUCGCCCAACCUCAUAGGCCGGCACAAAGUGAUGGCCCGAGUCGGUGGCAUGGAGUACUCCCCGGGGAUGGUGUACAUUGCCCCGGACAGCCCGCUCAGCCUGCCCGCCAUCGUUAGCAUCGCCGUGGCCGGCGGCCUCCUCAUCAUCUUCAUCGUGGCCGUUCUCAUCGCCUACAAGCGCAAGUCCCGGGAGAGCGACCUCACGCUGAAGCGGCUGCAGAUGCAGAUGGACAAUCUGGAGUCCCGCGUGGCCCUGGAGUGCAAAGAAGCUUUUGCCGAGCUGCAGACGGACAUCCACGAGUUGACCAGUGACCUGGACGGAGCCGGGAUUCCCUUCCUGGACUACAGAACCUACACUAUGCGAGUGCUGUUCCCGGGAAUUGAAGACCACCCUGUCCUCCGGGACCUCGAGGUCCCGGGCUACCGGCAGGAGCGCGUGGAGAAAGGCCUGAAGCUCUUCGCUCAGCUCAUCAACAACAAGGUGUUCCUGCUGUCCUUCAUUCGCACGCUGGAGUCUCAGCGCAGCUUCUCCAUGCGGGACCGCGGCAACGUGGCCUCGCUCAUCAUGACGGUGCUGCAGAGCAAGCUGGAGUACGCCACUGACGUGCUGAAGCAGCUGCUGGCUGACCUCAUAGACAAGAACCUGGAGAGCAAGAACCAUCCCAAGCUGCUGCUCAGGAGGACUGAGUCGGUGGCUGAGAAGAUGUUAACCAAUUGGUUUACCUUCCUGCUCUACAAGUUCCUCAAGGAGUGUGCCGGGGAGCCCCUCUUCUCCCUGUUCUGCGCCAUCAAGCAGCAGAUGGAGAAGGGGCCCAUUGACGCCAUCACGGGCGAGGCCCGCUACUCUCUGAGCGAGGACAAGCUCAUCCGCCAGCAGAUCGACUACAAAACCCUGGUCCUGAGUUGUGUCAACCCAGAUAAUGCCAACAGCCCUGAGGUCCCAGUGAAGAUCCUCAACUGCGACACCAUUACUCAGGUCAAGGAGAAGAUUCUGGAUGCCAUCUUCAAGAAUGUGCCCUGCUCCCACCGGCCCAAGGCUGCAGACAUGGACCUGGAGUGGCGACAAGGAAGCGGGGCGAGGAUGAUCCUGCAGGAUGAAGACAUCACCACCAAGAUAGAGAACGACUGGAAGAGACUCAACACCCUGGCGCAUUACCAGGUGCCGGAUGGUUCUGUGGUGGCUUUAGUGUCCAAGCAGGUGACAGCCUACAAUGCGGUGAACAACUCCACUGUCUCCAGGACCUCGGCAAGUAAAUACGAAAACAUGAUCCGGUACACGGGCAGCCCUGACAGCCUCCGCUCACGCACACCCAUGAUCACCCCUGACCUGGAGAGUGGCGUCAAGAUGUGGCACCUGGUGAAGAACCACGAGCACGGGGACCAGAAGGAGGGUGACCGGGGGAGCAAGAUGGUGUCUGAGAUCUACCUGACACGACUGCUGGCCACUAAGGGCACACUGCAGAAGUUUGUGGACGACCUCUUCGAGACCAUCUUCAGCACGGCACACCGUGGCUCCGCCCUGCCCCUGGCGAUCAAGUACAUGUUUGACUUUCUGGAUGAGCAGGCAGACAAGCACGGCAUCCACGACCCGCACGUCCGCCACACCUGGAAGAGCAACUGCCUGCCCCUGAGGUUUUGGGUCAACAUGAUCAAGAACCCCCAGUUUGUGUUUGACAUCCACAAGAACAGCAUCACUGACGCCUGCCUCUCGGUGGUGGCCCAGACCUUCAUGGAUUCCUGCUCCACAUCGGAGCACCGGCUGGGCAAGGACUCGCCCUCCAACAAGCUGCUCUACGCCAAGGACAUCCCUAGCUACAAGAACUGGGUGGAGAGGUAUUACUCAGACAUCGGGAAGAUGCCGGCCAUCAGUGACCAGGACAUGAAUGCGUACCUGGCUGAGCAGUCCCGGAUGCACAUGAAUGAGUUCAACGCCAUGAGCGCGCUCUCCGAGAUCUUCUCCUACGUGGGCAAGUACAGCGAGGAGAUCCUUGGACCUCUGGACCACGAUGACCAGUGUGGAAAGCAGAAACUGGCCUACAAACUAGAACAAGUCAUAACCCUCAUGAGCUUAGACAGCUGAGAACCGUCCUUCCAGGCACCCCCUGGAGGGAGGGACACACCAAGCCGUGCCUCAGUCUAGAUUAUCAUCUUUACCAAGUGCAAGUUCCGACUGGCGUCAGCAGCAUCCCCUGAGCAGCGCUGUCUCCCUCCCUCUCUCUCUCUCUCUCUCUCUCUCUGCCUGUUUCUGUCUCUCUCCUUCCUGGAUCCCCCCUCUUUCAGUUGCUCUACCAACAUGACUGAGCCAAGCCACCGACCCUCAGUUAGUCCAGGACGGCCCGCCUG